AAGCUGUGCUAUUGCCUGCCAUUCCAACUUCCCCCUAGUGGCUGCUGAGUGCGGAUAGUAGCAAAUAGCAAAGCACUGAAAGAAAGCAAGCAGCCAAGCACAGAUUUUCAGCCAUGUCUAGCAGAAGAUCAUCAGGAGCCACAAAAAUCACUGAAGAUGAGAUUAAUGAGCUGAUCUUGAAACUACAAGCAUUGCUACCCCAGCUUAAUCAAAGGCAGUCCUCCAGGGUAUCAGCAUCCAAAAUUUUGAAGGAAACAUGCAGCUACAUCAGGAAGCUACAAAGAGAGGUGGAUGACUUAAGUGAAAGACUAUCUCAGUUGCUGGAUUCUAUGGACAUCACUAAUAUCGACAUAGAAUCCCUUAUUAUGAGUAUUCUACCACAAUAAUACAAGUUUUACUCAAUACCCUCCUCCUUCUCUUCUUUUCUAUGCAUAUGCUGAUAUGGAAUUAUGAUGCUAGCUAGCGUGUAUUUUCUUGUAUCAAUUUCUCAACUACAUGCUUAAUUUGAUAAGCAUGCAGCUUUUUGUUCCGCUAA